GAGAGAGAGAGAGAGAGAGAGAGAGAGAGAGAAGGGGGAGAGAUAACGCGGUGCAUGUGCAUGUCACUGUGUGUUGAAACACAGCUCUCUAGACUGCGUGCCGCGUGUCCUACUUAAACUGAACGAUGCGCUAACGGUAAUAACGGUAACGGAGGAAGCAGAACCGUCCCGGGGGGGCCCUCAUACUCUGCUCUCGGCGACGCCGCCACGAUGACCGGAGAUGAGAUGAUGGAUGCUGCCUUGCCUCGCGACCACCGUACCGUUCCACUGCGGAGGGCGCGUGCUGCCAUUUCCACUUGGAGCCGAACGUGUGCAGCAGAUAGAACUACGGCUACAGCGCGCGUGACCGACUGAGCGCAGUGAGGGAGAGAGGCGCUCCGCGAAGGCAAAACAGACCUACGGACAGUCAGGAUAAUAGAACUAGGCUACCACCACCGACACUCCUGUCGUGUCCUCUCCUGUCCUCUCCUGUCCUGUCCUUUUCGCUGCCGCAAGGACUCCCGGGUUUCCCCCCUCGCUCUUCCCCUUCCCCGCGGCGCCGUUCUGGAUUAUUGUCACGUUUGCCUCGCCAGUGUUCGCCCCUGCUCCUCUCCUGCACUGCCAGGGGAGAGGAGAGGAGAGGAAAGGAGAGGGGGUCUGUAGGCUAGAGUGUUUUCCCUGAUUGUGUCGGAUUUUAACGGAAUACACUUCCCUGGACACUGAAGGAAGGAUACCUCUACAACUGCGUUGGCUACGUGUAGCCUAAGCAAAAGCUGGAUUGAUUGAGUUUGAAAUGUCCAGGCUUGUUUAGGUCUGACUGUCAGACCAGGUGGCAAUCCUACAGGGUCCGUGUAGCGGUGGGAGUAUGGACCCCCUGGCCACCAAAACAUUUUAACGCAUUUUAAACGUCUCUGUUACGUUACACAUAAAUACGGUUGGCAAGCCCUAGGUCCGUUUAGCGGUGGGAGCAAUGGAGCCCCAGCUGACCACCAAAACCAAAACAUGCCCGUCGGACCGGCUACUGGCGGACAGGAACAACCCCCCGACCUUCAGCCUUCGGCGGGGCUCCGCUCUGGGAGCAGCCGGGGGGGACGGCGCCGAGCCCGGAUGCUGCAGGGACGACGCCUCGGUGUCGGGCGGCAGCGCCAGCGAGACUCUGGGCAGCUUCGCAGAGCAGGACGAGGAGCCGAUAGAGGAUAGGUUAAAGGGACUCGCCUUCAGGAAGCAAAUCUCAUACAGGAAGGCCAUCUCUCGGUCGGGUCUGCAGCACCUGGCGCCGGUCCAGAACCCCAUCUCGUCGCUUAGCAACGGGCCAGCACGGGAACUCAGGACCACCGUGGACUGGACCGAGAGUGCGUUGAAUGGCGACCACCUGUGGCUGGAGACCAACUGCUCUGGAGAGCUCUGCUACCUUGGAGAGGAGACAUGCGUGGCCAAGAUCUCAAAGUCUGCUCCCCGGAGGAAAUGUGCAGCCUGCAAGAUCGUCGUACACACAGCAUGCAUGGAACAGCUGGAGAAGAUAAACUUUCGCUGCAAGCCCACGUUUAGAGAAGGAGGCUCCCGAUGUCUUAGGGAUAAUGUCUUGAGGCACCAUUGGGUCCACCGGAGGCGUCAGGAGGGGAAGUGUCGGCAGUGUGGCAAGAGUUUCCAACAGAAGUUCUUCCACAGUAAAGAGAUCAUCGCGAUCAGCUGCUCUUGGUGCAAGCAGGCAUUCCAUAAUAAGGUCACGUGCUUCAUGCUGCAUCAGAUCGAAGAGCCCUGUUCGCUGGGGGCCCACGCCGGCGUCAUCGUGCCCCCCUCCUGGAUCAUCAAGAUCCGGAAACCACAGAGUUCUUUUAAAACUUCCACCAGAAGGAAAAAGCGGACGUCGUUUAAACGGAGGACCAGCAAAAAGGGGACAGAUGAGUCAAAAUGGCGUCCGUUCAUGCUGAAGCCGCUGCCCUCACCACUGAUGAAGCCUGUACUGGUCUUCGUCAACCCCAAGAGUGGAGGAAACCAGGGUACUAAGUUGCUCCAGAUGUUCAUGUGGAUUCUGAAUCCGCGUCAGGUCUUCGAUCUCUCCCAGGGGGGGCCCAGAGAAGCGUUGGAGCUGUACAGGAAAGUGCCAAACCUGCGAAUCCUGGCAUGCGGAGGAGACGGAACGGUGGGGUGGAUCUUGUCUGCGCUGGAUGAGCUUCAGAUGUCUCCUCAGCCGCCCGUAGCUGUACUUCCUCUCGGGACAGGAAAUGACCUCGCCAGGACCCUCAACUGGGGCGGGGGCUAUACGGAUGAGCCUGUGUCUAAGAUCUUGUGCCAGGUGGAGGACGGGGCCGUCGUCCAAUUGGAUCGCUGGAAUCUUCGCAUGGAGGACCGAACAGCUGCACAGACGCCCACAGAAGAGGGCACGCAAAAGCUUCCACUGAAUGUCUUCAAUAAUUACUUCAGUCUGGGGUUCGAUGCCCACGUUACUCUGGAGUUCCACGAGUCUCGAGAGGCAAACCCAGAGAAGUUCAACAGUCGCUUCCGCAACAAGAUGUUCUAUGCAGGGGCUGCCUUUUCUGACUUCCUUCAACGGAGCUCCAGGGACCUGUCAAAGCACGUCAGGGUCGUGUGUGACGGUACGGAUCUGACCCCUAAGAUUCAGGAGCUCAAGUUGCAGUGCAUCGUCUUCUUAAACAUCCCCAGGUAUUGUGCGGGCACCAUGCCGUGGGGUAACACUGGAGACCAUCGAGACUUUGAGCCUCAACGCCAUGACGACGGCUGUAUCGAGGUCAUCGGCUUCACCAUGGCAACGCUGGCCGCGUUACAGGUGGGAGGUCAUGGUGAGCGGUUACAUCAGUGUCGGGAGGUGAUCCUGAGCACCUUCAAGACCUUACCUGUACAGGUUGAUGGUGAGCCGUGUCGCAUGGCCCCCUCUACGCUCCACAUCUCCCUGCGUAACCAGGCCAACAUGGUGCAGAAGAGCAAGAGGAGAACAUCAGUACCACUACUCAACGAUCCCCACGCGGUGCCCGAGCGGUUGCGUCUGCGUGUGAACCGCAUCACCCUGCAGGAGUACGACAGGAUGCAGUUCGACAAGGACCGCCUCCGAGACGCCUCUACCCCUGUGGGGAUCGUGGUGGUGAGAGGAGACUGUGAUCUGGAGACCUGCCGACUCUACAUCGACAGACUACAGGAGGAUUUGCAUCAGCUGCCCUCUAGUGGCCGAAGAGUGCAGUGCCAGGAGGUGGGCUUCAGUCUCCCCAGGACUUCCUCUGCACACAGACUCUCUCCAAACUGGAGCUUCCUAGACUCUACGUCAACGGAUCGGUUUUAUCGCAUUGACAAGGCACAGGAGCAUUUGCACUUUGUGACGGAGGUGUGUCAAGACGAGGUGUUCAUCCUGGACCAUGAGGCCACACGGCCAGCAGGGGGAGCAGGGAGCACUGGCAUGCCUGAUGUAGUGGUGGAGCCCAGCAGCGGGGUUCCUUUAUCAGCAGAGGAACAAGGCCUUCUCGCUGCUGCGGCCAUCGGAGACAUAUCCAUGGUGUCUAGUUUGUGGAGUCAGGGCGUGAGUUUGCUCGUGAGGGAUUCAGGAGGAUGUUCAGCUCUGCACCUCGCAGCUCAGCACGGACACGCAGACGUAGUCACCUUCAUACUCACACACGGUUCUAAGUUGAUUUUGGACCUCACAGAGAGAGAAACAGGGGAGACGGCGCUCCAUAAGGCGUCCUAUCAGCAUCACCAUGCGGUCUGCAGACUACUGGUGGAGGGAGGAGCUGCACUCUGCAAACCAAACUUCCAGGGUAAGACUCCUCGGGACAAGGCUCUGGAGGCCGGCGAUUCCCACCUGGUGGCCUACCUAGAGGCCCACAUCAAGGGGACCCCCAUACCCCUCACACCCCCCCAGGAAGACCUGGAGACGGCCGUAUAG